UUUGCGGAAGUUGAGAAACUGUCCUCCACGCUGCCAGUGAAGAAUACGGGUUUUGGAAAAACUGUGGUUUUUCUCACAUUGAAAUGACCAAAUAUGAUAUUUGUAGAUGCCUUACGUCAACCUGAAUCUACUUUAUAGAGAGAGCAGUUUCAAAAUGAGUGUUUCCUUUUAUUUGUAUUCACGUGUUUCCCCCUUGGGUCACUGCUCGUCACCGGUUGUCUCUCUGAACAGCAUGCCUUUGCUGCAUAGAACGUAUAAAAGCUUUGCUGAAGCUGCUUCGUCUUAUUAAAGUGCACAUUUGAUUUAAUUAAGGAAGACAUGAACAAACCGAAGCGGCUCCGGACCUCGGAGGAUGAAUCUGAAGCACCGACAGGAGGGAGAGAGGAGGAGAGGCGUGCUGUGGACGUGAGUAUUGUCAUGCCAAUGUACAAUGCAUCCUGUUGGCUGGAUGAAUGUCUGCAGGCCAUCACAAACCAAGACUUCACUGGGAGCAUGGAGCUCUCUGUCUUUGAUGAUGCAAGUACUGAUGACUCCAGGAAGGUGGUGGAGGUUUGGAGGGAGAGGUUGGAGGCUAAAGGCAUUUCUGUAUUGAUCUCUGGUCACAAUUGUGCUCAACCCCAAGGAGUGGGAUACGCAAAGAAUAAGGCAAUAUCUCAGAGCUGUGGACAAUACUUGUGCUUUCAGGAUGCGGAUGACGUUAUGUUGCCCCAAAGAGUUCGUCUGCAGUAUGAAGCGUCUCUCCACCACCCAAACUCUCUGAUAGGCUGUAAAGUUCGGAGGGUUCCUGAAGGAUCGACAGAGCGUUACACUCGCUGGAUCAACACACUCACUCAGGAGCAGCUCAUCACACAGGUGUACACGUCUCACGGACCCACAGUCAUAAUGCCAACAUGGUUCUGUUCAAGGGACUGGUUCCUGAAGGUUGGACCAUUUGACGAGGGAGGCAAGGGAGUCCCGGAGGACCUACUCUUCUUCUACCAGAGUAUCCGUCAAGGAGGGGGCGUGGCCAGAGUGGAGGAGUGCCUGCUGGUGUACCGUUACCAUGAGAAGGCUGCAACUCACUCUGUAACAGAGGAAACCAUUUGGAAGCUGCGAGUCGACUUCCUGCAGGAGAGAGCUCUCAGCCAAUGGGAGAGCUUCACUAUAUGGAACGCUGGGAAACAAGGCAGGAAGCUGUACCGAUCCCUGAGCGCGAGCCAUCAGGAGAAGGUGAAGGGCUUCUGUGACGUCGAUGAGAACAAGAUCCAGAAGGGUUAUUAUACGUAUGAAGAGUCCAAGGAAAGACCCAAACCAAAAAUCCCCAUACUGCACUACAAAGAGGCCUCGGCUCCUUUCAUUGUCUGUGUCAAACUGGACAUGACGGGAGGCGUUCUGGAGGAAAACCUCAACUCUUUACUGCUAAAGGAAGGAAAGGAUUACUACCAUUUCAACUGACCGCUCGGAGCGUUGGGAAAGACCAGAGCAGCUCUGAUGGGUUUAGAUGAGAGGAAUGCAGAGGAUUACUGGAGUCCUCAUGCACAAAUACACAAACUGAGCAAUAAGCAGGUGAUAUCAGGAGGAGUGUGAACUGAACACUGAAAACACUGAGAGUGGGUCACAAAAGGUGUCAAAUGUGGAUGUAGAUUCCCUGACAUGAUGAUAAUAUUGGAGUAUUAUAUUAAAAAUGCUGACUCCAGGUAACUUCAAUCUAAUCUCCAAAUCUGCAAAUAGGUGGAGUUGUGGGCGUCGUCUUGUUGCUUGACAAACAGCUACAAACAUGCAGAGCUUCUCAAAUCUACCAAUCUACCCCGAAAGAUCAAACUUUUGCAUAUUUCUUAGCCUUAAUAAAAUCAAAACGCAUGAGCCACCCAGAUUGAAAAUUUGCGAACAAAGAAAUGAGCCAUUAAGACCAACAUGGUAUUUUGAACCAGGCAGUAAACAUCAUUUUAAUACAGCGUCUGAUGGGGUUUGGCUUUUGCUGCCUGCUUCGAAUGGACACUCAAGGAACUGCAGGUUUUUGCACUUCCGCAAACAGCUUCAUUUCUCAACACCAGAGGUUUCAGCUUGCUUACAACAGGAACUUUAGACACACAUGAAUCCAAAUUGUAUUUACCUUUCAUAUGUAGCCAGUUGGGUUGCAUGGUGAUGCAGUGGGUAGUGCUGUUGCCUUACAGCGAGAAGGUUCCUAGUUGAAGUCCCCCGUCUGGCAGGUACCUUUCUGUGUGGAGUUUGCAUGUUCUCCCCGAGCAUGUGUGGGUUCUCCGGGUACUCCAGCUUCCUCCCACAGUCCAAAAACAUGCUCUCCAGGUUAAUUGAUCACUCUAUAUUGCCCGUAGGUGUGAGUGUGUGCGUGUAUGGAUGUCUCCAUGUUUGACCUGUGAUAGGUUGGUGACCUGUCCAGGGUGUACCCUGCCUUCCACCGAAGUCAGCUGGGAUUGACUCCAGACCCUCGUGACCCCGAACGGGAUAAGCGGUCAAGAUAAUGGAUGGAUGUGGCCAGGUAGUGCUAAUGCUAAGCUAAGUCAAAAAUCCCCUGGCUUUUGUUCACAUUUACAUAACUGACAGAUAUCAGAUCGGUUUCUAUCUUUUGUCUCAAAGUAGACUAGAAGAGGAAUAUUUGUUUUAUUUUAAUGUGAAGUUAUUAUCUUGAAGCUUGAGAAUGGGGGCUUCAACUGAUAUGAGUAGCCUUAAACUAAAAAGGAAAAGACAAGAAAGGAAAAAAAGAUGGAUGAUUCAUUGAUUGUAUGAAAAUUAAAGUGAUGUUACUUCCUUGUAUUUGACUCAAUAGAGAACACAUGUUUAACAUGCAGUAGAGAAAGAGAUUACCGAUGUUGACUGUUGGAGGAUUAAAGUGUUGUUUUGUUUCUAAUGAA